AUGCAAAAUCCUGACAGCUCAAGGCAAUCUGAAUGUCAGCAGCUCCUCCAAUGGCGGCGAGCGCCGCCUCCACAGGUGGAUGAGCCGCUGCAACGUGUCCAGUCCAACCGAACGUUGCUGGAUAUCAUCCGCGAGGACCAGACCUCCGGGUUCGGCAGCCGCCGGAGAGACGGCAGAAGGAGCUGGCGGCAUUUGAGGGAGAAGAUCAGCCUCCGCCGCAGAGGCAGCGGCUCCGCGUGGUCCUCCACCGCUCCCACCCCGUCCACCGACCACCCCCUUAACAGCAACAGUCACCGGAUGACGAUGACGAUGGAUCGUCCUCCUCCUUCCAACCGUUCCAACUCAAACCUCAGUUCGGGCGAGUCCACUCAGCCCGAGUUCUCCACAGCCCCAGGUAUAAUAGUUCCAAAUUUGCACAGGAAUCCCACUGGACCAGUGGAGAGACCCAGCGGAGUAUUGGAGCACACGAGUCCGUUACACGGAGGCGCUAACGUGGAAGAUGAGGAGCAGCCUGUGAGAACGUCGUUGAUGGCGUUGUUGGCGGAGACCGAUAGGCAAAUGGGCUUAGAGGGUUCAGCCUACACGAUAGCUGGGGACGAGGAGGAAGAAGAGGAGACGACCGGCGGCUUAAACGGCGUAGAUUACAACAAUUGUUGCGUGUGCAUGGUGAGACACAAGGGGGCGGCGUUUAUCCCCUGCGGGCAUACAUUCUGCAGGCUGUGCUCCCGGGAGCUGUGGGUACAAAGAGGGAACUGCCCUCUCUGCAACAAUUACAUCGUGGAAAUUCUUGAUAUCUUCUGAUCAUCGUCUCAUCAAUUCUCUUCUACAAAAUCUCCCAAUAAAUCUUUUUUUAUGUGUCCAUUUUUACUGGUAAAUAAGAGAUUUUCUUUUUUUUGUUCUUGGGGGGGCAGUUGGGGUCACCUACUGUGGGUGUAUGUGUAAUUGGGAAAUAGUGGAGUGGGGAGGAUUGAUGGGAAAAGUGUAAUCUUGUCAGUUUAUUGUUGAACAAGUGUGUGUAUUCAAAGACGUGGAAGGAGUGGCAUUCAAUAUACAGAUUUCCAGGUCGUUUGUUGGGUUAUUGUA